GUUAAUUCAAAGUGAGCAGCCAACUGGACAUAUGAUGUACGUUCGCGUCAUAAUUGAUCCACGAAGUAAUCGAAAUCGAUUGAUGCGUAAAAUAAAUUGUGUUGUAUCAGUCAAUGAAAUAAAUGAUGGGUGAUCCCCCGUGAUCCCCUACGAUGGUAGAAUCAAUUGCGAAAUGUGAAUCAUAAAUGAAAGGAAGAAUGAAUGAAUAAAAGAACGAACGAACAGAUGAAUGGAAAGUCUGAUUGGACGAAGGUUGGCGAAAUCGGCAGUGUCUUCUAUCGAGUUUCUCCCAGAUCUGGGCUGGAUCUGAGGCUGUUGUAGUAGGCAACGCUUACAAAACGCAUACUCUUUGGAUUGCCCUGCGCAUAAUGAUCUGUCAUAUGCUGGUCACAUGCGUCAGCGCCUGUGGGUCUUGUAUUCUUUUUUUAUGCGCUAUGAGAGGAUACUGCUGGUAUUGAUAGGUGUUUGUGUACAGUGCCAUGCAGCUUAAAUAAAGAAAUUUGUGCCAAUUUAAUGCUGAAUUAAUUCAGACGCUUAAUUUUUUCGAUUGGUGAUGGAAUUGGAGUAGUGUCAGUGUUGAUAUUCAAUUAACAAAUUGGUAUCAUUCCUUCCCAAAAUCAGAGGAAUUCGUAGGUAGAACCGCACAUUUUAAUUGUAAUAUGUCAAUAUUUUGCCUUCCUAUCAAUGUAUGAUUGUAGUUCGAACGAUACGUGUCAACAAUGAAAUGCUUUUGGUUUAAUUUUCAUGAAUUUUUAAUUCGUAAGAAUUGAGUAUGAAACCUGAGAGUAGUUUGAAACUCAAAUAUAUAGGAUCGACGACCGACAUUCCACCUAAACCAGGGAAAUUCCUCGUGUUAUUUCAAUAACGAAGGUCUAAUUGUGGGUAAAUACCACCAUGAAUCAAGAACAAUCACGGCUUAACACCUUUCAGUCAUGGCCUGCAAAUGCUGAAGUAGAACCUCAGCGCAUUGCCAAGGCCGGUUUCUUCUACACUGGAAUUGGAUUGGAAGUAGAAUGCUUUAGUUGUGGAAGAAGAAUAUCAGAAUGGAAUUAUGGUGAUCAAGUUAUGGCCCGUCAUCGCCUGUUGAAUCCUGAGUGCCCAUUUGUAAAAGACCCUAUUACUUCAGGAAAUAUUCCAGUUGUGUAUCGAAGUCCAAGUUUGUAUUCUCAAGUAUCUGAAACUAAUCAAAAUAGUUUGCCUAGCCCUUCAUUGGCAAAUAGUGUAGAUUUUUUAUCAUCGCCACAAAUUUCUACUGCAUCCAUUGGUGUAGGAGCUACUCAAGAUGACAAUAUAAACAAUUUAGUUUCAAGUACUGCAGGUGUGUCAAAUAGCUCUGAAACAUCAAAUUCAAAUGCAAAUUUUUCUUCGUAUAGAAGUGAGGCAGUAAGACUUCAGUCAUUUGCCACCUGGCCCAAGUCCCACAUAGUUUCUCCCUCAUUACUUGCAAAAAGUGGUUUCUUUUAUCUUUUGGAUGGUGACUGGGUGCAAUGUGCGUUUUGCUCUGGCAAGGUCCAUGGCUGGGAGCAUGGUGAUAAUCCUGAUGCAGAACAUCGCCGUCACUUUCCUUGUUGCCCUUCUCAUCACAUCGUAGCUUCUGAAAGUGUUCCUUUCAACAACAUCGCAGUCAGCCAUGACAAUGUUAAUCAAACACAAGUAACAAAUGAAGUGGGAGAACAAGACGAAAUCAGACCAUUUUCUCAUCCAGAAAGAGAUGCACCAUCGCAUCCCUUCAGUGAAGCUACACAUUCCAAUCUGAAUGAUCUUGGAAUUCAUACUCACAGGGGUCCAAAACAUCCUAAAUAUUCUACAAUUGAAUCUCGCCUUCGGACGUUUGUGAACUGGCCUGAGACUGUCAGUCAGACUCCUCAGCAGUUAGCACAAGCUGGUUUUUAUUAUGCAGGUGCUAAUGACCAGGUGCGAUGUUUCCAUUGCGAUGGAGGGUUAAGGCAGUGGGAUGCAAACGAUGACCCUUGGGUUGAGCAUGCUCGGUGGUUUUCAAGAUGUACGUAUGUCAUGUUAGUGAAAGGAGAUGAGUUUAUUCAAAACUCUAUAGCCCAGCAUCCCCCAAUAGUGCCAGCUCAGCAAUCGCAAAGAACAGUGAGCAAUUCAUCGAGGUCAAUACAUGAAGAGGGUGCAUCACGAACGCAUGUGAUUUCAGAUGAGGAUCUUGAUGGGUUGAUGACUACACCUCAAGUCAGGGCUGCUCUCGAAGUCGGCUUGGAUCUCAACAGAAUCAGAGAGGCUCUUCGCUGUAAAUUGGAACGAACAGGCUUUCCCUAUACAAGUUCUGAUGCACUUAUUGAGGCUGUAUUGGAUCUUCCAUCCGAUAUCGCUUCGUCAGUACCAACCAGAAGAAAUGCACCUUUCACUGAACAAGAAGGAUCUAAUCCAGCAGUUUCAGAAGACAUCCGAGUUCGAAAUCAUGGCUCCCUGAAUGUGUCAAAGUCAUUGCCUUCGAUUGCUGGUUGCCAAAGCGAGCCAACUUUGCAGGGGCAGGAUGUGAAAACUCAGAGCAUGCCCCGUUUGCCACGUGAAAAAAGUUGCAAGAAACUACUAGAAAGUGAGUCAUCUCUUGAGGAAGAGAAUCGCAGGCUGAAGGAAGCGAGGCUGUGCAAGAUCUGCAUGGAUGAAGAAGUGGGUGCAGUUUUUGUGCCUUGCGGUCAUUUAGCUACAUGUGUAAACUGUGCAGCCAGUGUACAGGACUGCCCCAUGUGCCGACAGCCUAUCAAAGCAACUGUGCGAACGUUUUUGUCUUAAAACCAAUGUUGAGAAAAGUUAAAAAGAAAAAAAUGAUAAUUCCAUUAAUCUGUAAUGUACUGUGAUGAACGUUGGUUUUUAAAUUUUCCUUACCACAAGACAUGUACUAUUUUUGUUAUUGGAAUUUUAUUAGCAUUACCAAACUGUGAUAUUUAUUAUAAUUUUGACUGUGCUGUUUAUUUUUUAACUAUAUAUUGUAAUUGUCUUAAUUUAUGUGAGUUUAUGAAUUGUUUAUUUAAGAUGGAACAGAAUCAGCAAAUUAACAUGACAGUUAAUUAGUUAAGACAUAAAAGAUUGUCUAGCUUUUAAUUUAAUUCCAUUCAACUCAAACAGCUGAUAGCUAAUAAAUUUCAGACACACUUCCCCAAUAUGCUGCCAAAUAAUAUGUACAAAAAUGUUGUUCUUCUAUAUUAUUUGGUAUCCAAAAAUUAUUAAAUGUAAUAUUGAACUAUAAAGUUUAAUUUAAUUACUUUACAUUCCUGAACAAUUUAAUUUCUUGGAGAUUGAUCACUUGGAAUUUAAUCACUUUGGAAAUAAGCUCUUUGAUUUUCUGAAUUUAUUUUUGUGGGUACAGAUAGAGAAUGUACAAAUGUAGUAGAUAGAUUUUUACACACAUUUGCUUGUAAGCAAUCAUAAAUUAUAAUUUAAAUUCACUUGUGAUCAUCACAGUAAUCUAAUUUUUUAAUUUUCACAUACACAUGUCGUGUUCAAUGAAAGUGCUCUAAAGGUUCUAUAGUUUGACUCAAAUGGACAACUAGAACCAAUAUUGCUCUAAAUAAGGCGGAAGCCUGAUAGUCGAAACAUCAGCCACAAUUAAACAGAUGUGGCUCAUCAUGAACAGCCAAGAACGAAGUGGCUUCUUACGCAUCUCACAGACUCAUGCGAGGGGAGGCUCUUAAUAUGAAUUCCAUAUUGUUUACAACCUAUAAAAGGGAUAACAUUUCCUUGCAUAUAAAAACAAAUAAAAUAUGCAAUUCUAGAAAACCUUUGAUUCUCUUACAUUCUUUUACCUUUUCUUCCUUUAUUUUCUCUUCUUUUAAAGUUUUUGUUCUUACAUAAUUUUUAACAUUCCCUCUAAAGCAUUAUUUGGUAUUUCAAUAUACAUGAUAUCUUUGAGUAAUAAUUUAAUGUAAAAAUGUAUAAAAG